AUGGAAGAAUUUGCAACCGACAUUGCAAAAUCCCUUUUAGGGAAGUUAGGCUCUUCUGCAAUUAAAGAACUUUAUCUGGCAUGGGGACUUAAAGCUGAAAUUGCAAGUCUUGAAGAGAAAUUGUUAGCCAUCAAUGCAGUUUUAAUGGAUGCCGAGAAGAGACAGUCUCAGAACGAGAAGAUUCGGUUCUGGCUUCAGAAGCUCCAAGAAUUCAUGUAUGAUGCAGAGGACGCACUGGAUGGAUUUGAGUGCGAAGAUUUGAGAAGGCAAGUGGUGACAACAACAGGGAGCACUAGCAGGAAGCUACGCCGCUUCUUUUCAAGUUCUAACAAGCUAGCUUUCCGUUUUAAAAUGGGUCGUAAAAUAAAGGACCUCAACGACAGGCUAGCCGAGAUUGAAUCUCUGAAGUCUCUGCUUGGCCUUCCCGAGCAGACUAGUGAUCAUAGUUCAGUCUUGCCUGAGGAAAUAUCAGAGAUGAAACAAUCCUUUGAGAGCUUUUCCGGUCUUAUUGGAAGAGACAAAGACAGGGAAUGCAUCAUCAACCUCUUAGUAGAACCUUUCAAGGUUGAUGACGCUCAUCCCUUUGUUAUUCCAGUAGUUGGAAUGGGUGGUUUGGGGAAGACUGCUCUUGCCAAAUCGGUGUAUGAUGAUGGAAGUGUGGAUGCCUUUUUUGAGCUAAAGAUGCAGGCAUGUGUUUCAGAUGGAUUUGCUCUCAAACAAGUGAUGCAAAAGAUGAUCAAAUCUGCAACUGGGGAAAGAUUUAACGACUUGGAAGAGAUCGAAAUAAAAGCAAAACUAGGAGCGAUUUUGCAUGGUAAGAAAUACCUGCUUAUUUUAGAUGAUGUUUGGAACGAAGACUCCCAGAAGUGGCUCUUGCUGAAGCCUAUAUUAUCAAAAGGUGCACUUGGAAGUAAGAUCAUAGUAACCACCAGAAGUAAACGUGUUGCACAGAUUAUGGGUUCUGCUGGCGCGCAUGAGUUAAGUCUUCUUGAUCAAAAGGAUUGUCUGUCUUUGUUUUACAAGUGUGCAUUUAAGGAAAGGCAGAAGGAGCAGCAUCCAAAUUUGAUAGAAAUUGGGAAAGAAAUAGUGGGCAAAUGCAAGCAAAUUCCUCUGGCAGUAACCAACUUGGGAACUCAACUUUAUGGUAUAACUGAUGAAAGGGAGUGGAAAUUGGUAAGAGAUAGUGAGACCUGGGAAGAGAAGGAAGAUGUUUUGGAUGGCACAGGGACUGGUUCAUCAAUCAUCACAUCCAAGUGA